AUAUUUCUUGAAGCGUGUAAAAUUUAACAAAAGCAUAAUUUGCGUUACAGACCAUUACAGCAUGCCGGCCGGUUCGGAAAACGGGAACAUUAAAUCCGGGGAAACACGAUGGUCAGGAGCCCCGAAAUAACCGAGUGUGAAUUGGAAUGUCCCAUGAAGUCGCGACGCUACAAUGCAUCCGAUUUGAAUCCCACCGUACCAGAUGAACGUUGUCGAGAUGGUAGUUUUCCACUCGCUUGCCAUUGGCCAGUAUAUCUGGGCUGUUUCCAGGUUCCUCUAAGCAAGGACCCUGUAGUCCAUGUGCAGGAAUACUUUGCGACCAAAGGGCUAAUGGCAACGAUCGUAUUCCUACGUUGCCCAAAGGAUGAUCCAAACAACGACUAUCAAAGAAGGUCCUGGUUCUACGACUUUCUGGUUUACUUCGUGAGCGAGCAGGAUGCACGACUUGCCAUUGAAAUUUGUCACCAGGAGCAAUGGGCUGGAACCCUCCUGAACGUAUUCUGCGGAAGAACUCCGGAUUUUUUCGAUGAAAGUCGAAGCGCCAUGUACCAUUUUCCGGAAACCUAUAAAUCGGCUAGCGAAGCGUCUUACCGAGCGAUAUUCCAGCGACACGGCAAUGUUGAAAUUAUUUCAAAAAAUUGUUCGACCAUAACUAUACAGUACGCUACACAGGAAGAUCUCAAGCGGGCCGUCAGUACUGUUAAUUUCAUUCCAGCAGAAAAAGUCGAUUCUCACCGCACAAAGCAACGUUUUCUGGAGCACACAGUAAUGGAUGAAAUACUGAAAAAAAUAAAUGAAAACAGCUCUUUCCUCAAACAGAGACCAGCUGAUAAUGUAUUGAAAUCGCUUUGCAACGGUGAAAAAUUCAAUAUUCCGGAGUAUCGCAUUAAAAAGCCAAAAACUUUCAAUAUAAAAACGCCAAGAGCAAUACGAGAUUGUAUAGCGCUCAAGUGUUUCGAAAAUGCACAACUUUUUUUCGGAGUGACUUGUAAAUUUAAAGUUGACUUCAAAGCCGGAAGUGAACUUCAAUCAUGUGUAAAAACAAGUGAUAAUGCAUGUUAUAACGAAAAGCUGAAAGCGAACGAACCAAUGGAAUCCAGGUUUAUUGAAUAUUCCGCAACGCGUCCAGUCUAUGCGGAAACUUAUUUUCCGCUCGCAUCCUAUUGGCCGGUUUAUUUGGGCUGCUUUUAUGUGUCGAACAGAAUGGAUUAUGUGACCACGGUACAGGAAUACUUCGCCUCCAAGGGUUUGGUGGCGACAGUUGUUUUCCGGCGAAACAGCUUCGACGAUCCGCACGGCAAAUAUCAGGAAAAAUCUCGCUGCUAUGAUUUUCUGGUUUACUUCCUGCAGGAAAAAUACGCACGCGAUGCCGUUCGAUUGUGUCACCGAGAUAUUAGGUGCGAAGUUUACCUAAGUGUGUUUUGUGGUAGAACACCAGAAGUUUUUGAUAUAUCUCGAAGCGCGAAGUACACUUUCCCGAGUCUUGGGAAAAGAGCAACUGAAAUAUCGUUCGAACUAUUUUUUGCCAAAUAUGGGCAAAUCGAACUGGUACAGAAAGAUUGCUGCACAGUAAUCAUUCAGUAUGCAACUCCUAAUGAUCUACACAAAGCCAUACGUAGUGUUGAUUUUGUUGUGGCCGAAAAAGUAACACUAGAUCGGCCGAAGCAACGAUACCUGGAGAAGGAUGUAAUCGAAGAAAUUCUGCGGCAAAUUAGUAGCAAUGCCCAGAUUCUGUUACAUUAUCCUUCGCAAAGCAUACUGGAAGUUGUUCGUGAGGGAAGAGAAAUUCCUGCUGCAUCGUUCAUGGCGCUAAAAAAGAAGUACAGAAGUUUAUAUGUGACACCUCCAGACAGAAGAGCCAAGCAAAGGAUAGCCCAUGACUGCUACAAGAAUGCUCGGGACGUUUUUGGUAUAAUCUGUGAUUUCCCUCUCGAAUAUGAUUGGAAAGACAUCUUUACUGAAGCUAGAUUGCUUUUCAAACAACUUAAUCUAUCCCGAGGGAAUGCUGCCCUCGCAGCAGAUAAACUAAAUUACACUAAGCGUAAAUGGAAAAGGAAUGGAAGACAUCCGGAGGAUAUGCCAAAGAUAGAAGAUUUGGAAACCUUUAUACUGGAAAGCAUACAAGUACCUGUCGAGGUGAAGGAUUUACCGGAAUCAAUUGAACCGUCAAGGGAUUGCGUGAAGGUUGUGAAAACUUUGCGAAAAAAGGCUCCGAAGAAAGGUCACAAAAAACGCAAUCUGGAUGGUCAAGGUAAGAAAUGUAAAAAGAAAUGCAAAGAAAAUCGUUGAGCGAUCGAGUCCGUAUCUAUUCGUUACGAAGAAAGUUAAGCGAUGAGUUUGAUACAUUCUGAAAAAUAGGCAUAGGUUUUUAUAAAAUAAUGAGACAAUUUUGACCAAUAAUUUGCAGUUUGGGGAUAAUUUUAAUUUAAUUUCAAUUUUAUCAAUAAGAAAAAUAACUUCAAAACUCAAAACAUUCCACUUCUAUAAACUUUCUUAUAUUGACCUGGCUUUUUGAUGUCCGUGUUAGUGGAAACCAUUUCAAAGCUCCAUAAAAAACAAAUCUGGAAGAAAUUUUAUGUUUUCUCGUUGAUAUAGGUGGUUUAUUAGACUAGUUUCAAGUCUAAGGAUGAUAAAAAAACAGAAAGGCAAUUUAUUGAAAACAAAUGACAAAAUGAAAACAAAUAAACACAGGCUUUAUUAUUUACUUCGAAAUUACAGCAACCGAACAACUUAAUAUUUCCUUUGAAUGGUUUCAAAUCCAAAAUUUAAUACUGCUAUUUUGGUUGAAUUAAAAAAACAUCUUAUUUCAUCCAUCAAAUUCUCAAAGCACUCGAAAAUGAUCGUAACUAACACGGACAUUAUUUUCUGGUAAAGAAUGCCUCCUGAGGAUUGUAAACCGUUUGGCAUAAAAGCGUUUGGCAUAAUGGUCAUCAUAACGGUCGUUUGGCGUAAAUAAAAGGUAUUGAUUUUUUUUUGGCAUUUUUAACAACUUGAAUGAGAGCUUACUAAAUAAAAAAAAAGACAAAAUGAAAUUGACUGAUAAUAAACUUUGGGUGAACCUAGAAAGACGAUGCCGUUCUACAAUCAUGGAUCAAAACUAAGAGCAAGCUGCGCGUUCGAAAAAAUGUGAAGUAUGGUCUUUAUGCUCCGCGGUGCGGAUUGGGCUAGGCUAGGGGAUUGUCCCUAGCUUAGGGUGAACUUGGGUGAAUUGCUUUGAAUAAACCUAGAAACUUGUAAAUAGAAAGAAAAAUAAUGUAGGUAUUUCAAUUUUUUGCUAUAUUUGAUGUUAUUUUACGUAGUUUUAAUUUUUUCUAUGCAAAACGACUAUUAUGCCUAAUGACCAUUAUGCCAAACGGCAUCAUGUCUUAGGACUUUAAGCCAAACGGUGUAGCACCCUACUGAGGAGUUAGAAAUGAAAUCGCGCUUCGAUUUUACAAAUUGUGAUAAUAAAACCUUAUAGUAAGCCUGAAAUUUACUGCUAAAUAAACGGAAAAUGUGAUACACAGUAAGCCACAUCUCGCGUUGGUUUUUUCAAUGACUUCAAAAAAGCAAUAUUUUAUUCCCGUGUUAUAUUCUCUCUGUCA